AUGAGUGAAAAAUUACAAGAAAGGACUGUAAUUGAUAUGAAAACGAAAGUUGGCAAGGCUGGCUGCGCAGGGACUCAUGCUGCUUUGGAUUUGUGCUUAAAAAACAACGGAAAUGACUGGCGUCAGUGCCAAAAUGAACUAGUUGUGCUCGGAAAAUGUAUGAGACUUUCUAUUAAAGCCGAAGAAAAGAAAAUUAAUUAA